CCGGCCAGAUAUAAGCUGCCUUAGCACAAGCAGUAUCACUUAUCACUCCUGUCACUUCCAUUCGCCUGUCUCCAUCCAAACAUCAAGAGUCACCAUGUCCUUCAAUGGAACCUGGAAUGUCUAUGCUCAGGAGAACUAUGAGAAUUUCCUGAAGACUGUAGGUUUGCCUGAAGAUAUUAUCAAAGUAGCAAAGGAUGUGAACCCCGUAAUUGAAAUCCAGCAAAAUGGAAAUGAAUUUGUUGUUACCUCAAAGACCCCAAAGCAAACUCAUAGCAAUUCCUUUACUGUUGGAAAGGAGUCAGAAAUCACCUCAAUGGAUGGAAAGAAGAUCAAGGUUACUGUGCAACUGGAAGGUGGAAAACUCAUCUGCAAGAGCGACAAAUUUUCUCACAUACAGGAAGUCAAUGGAGAUGAAAUGGUGGAGAAAAUCACCAUUGGCUCAUCAACACUAACCAGGAAAAGUAAGAAGGUUUAAGAUCCUCCAAUUCCUAUUUUGCACCAGAAACCAAAAACAUCUGUUGUCUAUUAAUAAAGAAACGAUUUUGCUUGAAAA